AUGGACUCUGAGGACGUGUUCGAGCACUACAAGGCUGCUGCCGCCUCUUCUGGCCAAAAGAAAAGCAACAAGAGGGCUCGGGGGGAGAGUAGUAAAACUGCCCCGAAGAAUGCUCGAACUGACGACCCUCCGGUUACCACCCCUUCGAUGGAGAGCUCACCACCUCCAUCGCCUCUCGAGCAGCCAGCCUCAACUCCUUCGAUUGGCCAAGCUUCCAAUCCUGCCACAUCCGCUGACCAACAGCCUUCUCCUAAGGCUCCUAGCAGCCAUACAUUGCGUACUCCGCCCGAAGGCUCCCUGCCCAGCCUUGAGACUUUUGAGACAUUAAAUAAGAUUGUGACCAAAGAGGACGAAGCAAGUGUUGCUGAGAAAAACCAAUCUACCUCUCAUGAUAAAUCAAAGAAGGGGAAGAAAAACAAUGGUAAAGACACUAAUAAGGACCAUAAACCAAAGAAGGGCAAUAAGUCACCCAAAGACAAGGAGAAUAAGAAGGACAACAACUCCAAGAAAAAGAAACCUAAAGGAAAAUUGGAAGAUGAUAUGUCAUCUUGGGUUGUGGAUUCAGAAGCCACUAAUCAUGAAUCUUCUUCUAUGCAAAUAAUUGAUCCAUCAAUGGAACUUGUUAAUGGCGAGGUGACUAUGAGGGUUGGAAGCGGUUCACUCAUUUCAGUGAAAGCAGUGGGAACAAUCCGUUUAAUCUAUGGAAAUAAUUAUCUUGUUUUGAACAAUAUCAAUAUAAACAAACAAGCUAUAUAUGAUAAAUCCUACAGAGCGAUCAAGUAG